GCAAGCACAUUGGUUUUAUUUGCAUAGUCUACAGGAACGAAGAAUCAGAAGCCAACUGAAUACUUAAACUAUUAGAAGAAAUGCAUCUUUUGAAAUGGCUGAGCAACAUACACAUAAUGCUGGAUGGUCACAGCAGAGUCGUUCACCAUGAAAGCGAAGAGGAAAUAUCUCCACUGAAGUGCUUUUCCUCAGAAGUGAAUAGAUUUACCACAAUGUGGUCGGGAUAACUUACAGAGAGCUUGCAAGAUUUUGCUCUGCAUGAAAGUGUAUUGUGUAAAGUUGCAAUGGAUGAAUAUGCCACACGGACAUACGGCACAAGUGGACAAGACAACAGGCCCUUAUUUGGGGAGACGUCGGCAAGGGAUCGGAUUAUCAACAUCGCUGUAGGUGUCCCCACUGCACUGUUACUAUUAGUAACGAUUAUCAGUGCUUUUGUUUUCCCUCAAUUACCUCCAAAGCCACUGAAUAUUUUCUUUGUUGUCUGCAUCAUACUGAGUUGCGUCUCAAUUGCUGUUCUUAUUUGCUGGUACCGACAAGGGGACCUGGAGCCUAAAUUCCGAAAUCUCAUCUACUACAAUUUAUUUUCCACUAUUCUGCUGUGCAUUUGUGCCAAUUUGUACUUCCACAAUGUCGGUAAAUGAUUUCUGCACGCAAGCACGAGAAUUUGUGCCUGUGACCUGCUUAAAAACGGGAGGCAUCAUGCAGAAGUUCCCGGAUGCCUCAUUGGAUUUUUCUGGUCUGCACCGCGAGACAGUGUUUUGCCAAAGUGCAGUGAGUUUUUACAUCAGCUAUUCAUCGUGACACUGAGCUCGAAAUAGGUAGCAUUACAUUUGAGCUGGGGUGAACGCUGCAGUUAUUUUCCGAACUAACUUCUACAACUUUGCACUAAUGAACAUUCCAGACUUGCCAAUGUUUUGAGAUACACACAUUCCCUUUUUGUAAAGGGUGAUUUUUGUUCUCCUCCUGAAAAUCCUUUUUUAAUUAUAUAAAGCACUUGAAAGACAAAGUAAAACACAUUAGAAAUGAAGAUACUGCAGGACGAAUGUUUAUUUUGUCUUGAACUUGACUGCACUAUGCAACCACUUAACUCUACUGUGUUUGUACAAUGAAAUGAUAGUCAAACCAAGACUGAACUGAGCAGACAACACACUGUAGGAAAGCAUUUACUUUGUUUUAAAGAAUAAAUAGUAAUAAAAUAAUUUAUAUACAU